AUGUCUGGUCUUCCUUACCUCAACAAGCUGCGCAAGCCAGAGCUGGUCGAAUUCGCUGAGAAGACGGAUCUGCGCGAUUAUGUCGAAUACAAUAAGAACGAGCUCGCCGUCGCGUUGGACAAGCACCUGCGCGACAACAAGUCCAUCUUCUCCGGUGAGAAGACGCUCGCCGACUACUACAAGCGUCUGGCCGCGCCGCUGCGUGGAGGAUCGCCCGUGAAGCGCGAGUCCGCCGAGUCCCCUGUGACAGAGAAGAAGAAGCCUGGCCGGAAACCGACCAAGCAAAAGGAGGAGGAAGCUACCGAAUCCGAGACUCCCGCCAAAACUCUCGUCAAAACUCCCGCGCGCGCUUCAGCGCGUGCUGUGCGGUCCGUUAUGAAUGCCGAGUCUGCGUUGCCUCCAUCUCCCGCCGUCGUGUCCCAGGCAAUUGACCGGCAGACGGCAAAGGUGCGCGAGGGCAUCGAACAGGUGUGGACCUCAUCAGGUGUGCUGGAGCGAUCUGACGCGCUGCGCGCCAGCCUGAGCAGCCUCAAGGCCAUCGAGGCCAUUGUUCUGGCCCUGGAGGGCGGCAGCGUGCUCAAGGAGCUGAUCCCAUGCCGUUACCUCACCACCACGCCGGCGGUGUCAGCCGCGCAUCUCCCAUCGCUCCCAAUCAAGGUCCCUGAUCUGUUUGUGCUCGUCAGCGGCGCGUUUUGGGCUCCGUUUAUCCUAUGGUCCUUGACCAGCGUGAUCUUGCCGCUUGUCGCUGCAUUCUUCUUCAAUCUGAGCGGGGGCGCCUCUACGCGUCGCACUCGCUCUGCCUCGUCGCGCGCUAGCUUCGACCCGCUGACCUUCAACAUUGCCAAGGCACUCCUAGUCUACAUUGUCUAUGCAGGCCACUUUACCUUCUGGGACGUCUUCAGCCACUACACCGUUCAGAAGGUCAACGUCUCCAUCCCUGGUGAAUGGUCGGGCAUGCUUACCGGCACGGCCAUCGGUGUGAUCGGCACCCUGUACGAGGCCAUCCUGCGACACUAG